UUUUGUUUUGGUUUUGGUUUUGCUCAGAACUGAGCAGCUCAGUUCUGAGGCCACCGUCCCAACACGUUGAUUUUGUAAUUUUCCAAGAACGGAAUAGAAGGGAACAGAAACGAAGAGAAAAGACGAGGAGAAGAGUAACGUAGAUAAAAAGGAAACAAAGAGAAAGGCCAACAACUCCCGCAUUCACCUGAUAAACCCUUCCUUUUUCAAAGCAGCUGCUGGAGACGCCGUCGUUUCAACGCCGGUGCCUCCGACCGUUCCAGGGCCAAUAUGUCUCCCAACUGCAAAUUCUCUCUUCCCGUCUUUGUUGUCGCCUCCGCAAUCACUUACAUUUACUUCUCCACCGUCUUCAUUUUCAUUGACAUGUGGUUCGGUCUCACGACGUCUCCGGGAAUCUUGAACGCUAUCGCUUUCACGGCUGUGGCGUUCAUGUGCGUCCUCAACUACGUCAUCGCCAUCCUCACCGAUCCCGGUCGGGUUCCCGCCACAUUCAUGCCUGACAUUGAGGAUUCCCAGAGUCCGAUUCACGAGAUCAAGCGUAAGGGUGGAGAUCUGAGAUACUGCCAGAAGUGUGCCCACUAUAAACCUGCCCGUGCACACCAUUGUCGUGUUUGCAGAAGAUGUGUUUUGCGAAUGGACCAUCAUUGCAUCUGGAUAAAUAAUUGUGUGGGACAUGCAAACUAUAAGGCCUUCUUCAUCUUCGUUUUAUAUGCUGUACUUGGGAGCAUCUAUUCUCUGGUCCUGCUUGUGGGUAGUAUUUAUAAUGACGCUGAGAAGGAUGAAGAACAAAGCAGAGGCUCAUUCAGAAAUGCAUAUGUCAUUUCUGGACUGUUGCUAGUCCCAUUAUCUGUGGCACUGAUGGUUCUUUUAGGUUGGCAUAUCUAUCUCAUUUUGCAAAACAAGACAACAAUUGAGUACCAUGAAGGUGUCAGAGCUUUGUAUCUUGCAGAGAAAGGAGGGAAUGUCUCUAAAAAUUUUUAUGAUCUUGGUGCCUAUGAAAAUCUGACAUCAGUGUUGGGUCCAAGCAUCUUCAGCUGGGUAUGCCCUACAUCAAAGCACAUUGGUUCUGGUCUUCGCUUCCCCUACAACCUUUGAUAGAGCAGCUGGUGCAUCAAUGGUGAUAUGAAGUUCAAGGUUGCUUUGUUAUGGCAUUGCAUUGGCAAUAUCAAUAUGUUAACUGUGACUAUGAAUGGAUGAUUGAAUGCUGAUCAUGUGCUUAUCACCAGUGGUGCCAUUUCAAGUUACCCAGCUUGUAGUCUGCACUACUUUAGUAGUGGUUCCUUUAGAUGAAAAGUUUCCUAGCUUUUACCCAGUUACCCCUCCUGCGGUAGCCAAAAUCAAGAAGUUCCAAAGCUAUAGAUUGGCUUUGAUGGGAGGAAUUGAAUACUAAGAGGGUUAUUGUCAAUAGCCAAAACUGACUAGUUGUUAGAGCAUUUAGACAUAGGACAGGUGCUUUUGUGGUUGUUUUGGAUGAUGUAGAGCUUACAGCCAUUUUCUUCAUUUGUUACCUUGUGUACAAAGAGGGAAUCACAAAUCCCAGCUCACCAACCAAAAACUGUAGUCGAAGAGAUGAUCAGCGUCCGGUUUUCAUGUAACAAUUUGUGUAGCCCUUGUAAACUUUGAGAGAAUCAAAAUGAUAUUAUGCUUCUUGUCAA